UCGCCCUCUCCCGUUAUUAUCUUUGCGUCAUUCUGUUCGUUGAGCCGUCACCCGCCAGUCACGGCCGCUGUCACCGUUCGUCGAGCCUCUAGAGGCUGAAUGUGGUUUCCUGGCUGGCAAAGCUCCUACGUAACAAAAAGGCCACCCAUCCUUCGAGCUUCAAAGUGUGGUAGUGUGGGAACGUAGGACGUUGCGGUGGUGGGCGGCGGUAACUUCCCUGCGACAAGCUUCGAAGUUUGAAGGAACAGUCUCAAGGUUCGACGAAAUAGAGGUUAGGACGAAGGCUGUGAUGAACUAGCAGUCUGAUGUUAUAGGUGACAAAUAAUGCAAAUUAGAAUUGGAGUAAAACCUUGAGGAACAUCUCCAAUUGAACAUCAAUUAUUGCUUCGACUUCGUCUCUAUUUAGCGCUGGAGUAAAAACAUACUGAGCUGGCUGCUUUUUGUCUAUUUGUAUAGAGAUUUUAUGGAUUCCGAAGUCGAAGCUAUUGAGACAAGGUUUAAAUCUUUGUUUGGUCAGCUUCAAGCAGAGUAUGGCAUACUUGAAAGAAUGGUGUACAAGAACAAGAACCAGCAUAGGCGUUGUUCUUAUUUCAAGUAUCUUUUGAAGGUAAGGAGUGAUUUACAACUUUUACAAUCUGUAAACUUGGAGGAGCUUGUCAUAUCGUGCCUCCUUGUUAUCAAAGGAGAUAGACCUAAGCAGAAGAUUCAUCUUUUAGAGAGUUUAAAAAGGACAAAAUGCAACAGUGGAAAAUAUAAUUUUCUGGAGCGAAUUUUAGGAGCUGCACGCCUGCUUGCAAAGAUGGUUGAACCAAUGCUGAAGGCUGCAACUAUGGUAUCUAUUCUGUUUGCUCAGUCUUUUUUCACGGGAUUUUCUAUAAUAAUCAUGGUUACACUUGCUCGCCUCCGGGUUUUAAUUCAACAAAUAUUACUUGAUGUUGUCACAUUGUUCAACAUAGUUUCUUCUAUCUCUCGAAAGAAGCAGUCAAUAAAGAUAAAACAGGGGGGAGUUGAGGUUUUUAGGGAGUACUUCCCAGUUAGUGAGGAUUUUGUUGCGUUGGAGUGUGUAUGGGAAUCAGAUAAGUUUGUAUUACUUGAGAAGGAGUGUAAGAAUGAAAAUGCAAGUAAAAGUGAAGAUUCUGGAGGAAACAUAUCUGCCCAAGCACCAGCUAUCAACUAUAGAAGUAUUGAAUCUUGUCUUGGAGAAACUGAAAAUGAUCAUGAUGUCUCAGGGAGGAUUGAUGUCAAUGAUGAACCCUCUCAAGUCAAAGGUGUGACUAUUGAUUUGUUGAAUCAGAAAGAAAUGAGAGAUUGUGAUGAAGAAGGAAGAGAGAAUCCAAUCACCAUAGAAGCAUCUUUCAAAGAACUUCCACCAAAGGAUGGCUUGCAAUUGAAUAACAAAUCACUGAACACGCCCAGUGAGGUCGGUCUAAAGAGGGAGUCUUCUUCUUCUUCUUCUUCUAAGGUGGCCUUUGUCUCAGUCAAGCGUCCUAAAUUGUCCACAGAGGCACAGCAAGGUCUGUCUCCAUUAGUGGCUACUGUAAUUAGUGAAAAUAGCGAAACUAAAAAUUAUAAAGAGGAGAGAUACAGUUGUUAAUCUACUCACUGAUGGGGCUGCAAAGAAUAGUGUCUUCUAGACAGUGAAAUUAAUGGAGGUUUAAAUUAUGAUUUGAUUGAAAUUAACAAUUUUCUUUUCUUCU